AUGUCUUUUCUCAGGACUGUUUUAAACAACUCUGUCAUCAUUCAUCCUCCAGGCUUCUAUAUCAUUGGAUUUCAGUCAUUUCCCUACAUUAGUGUUUACAUCAUCUUUCUUGCAUUUGUCUAUGUGGUUACACUAGUGUUCAAUAGUUUGUUGAUCUACAUAAUUGCCUGCGACCGCUGCUUACACACUCCAAAAUGUCUGGCUGUUGUCAACCUCGCAGUGACUGACAUAUUCUUAAAUACAAGCACUAUUCCCAGCAUGAUAAAGACAUUUCUCUUUAAGGACAACUUCAUCCCGUUCAACCUAUGUUUGUUACAAAUGUAUGUCUACUAUGCUUUUGCAUCACUGGAGUCGUAUGCGCUUGCUGUACUUGCCUACGACAGGUUAAUCGCAAUAUGUCUCCCAAUGCAUCAGAACUUAUUCAACACACUAAGGAUCAUGUCUUGCAUUAUUGGCCUGACUUGGGUUUAUAAUCUGGUGAGAGUCGCAUAUAGCACAGCCAUCAUGACUCGACUGUCUUUUUGUAACUCUGUCAGAGUGUUCAGCUAUUUCUGUGACUAUGCACCUGUGUUUAGACUGGCCUGUAAUGAUUACACAAUGCAGUGGUCCAUGGCCUCCACAUCUAGUAUGAUAAACCUAAUGGGGCCCUUUACUUUUAUUCUUCUGUCAUAUGCCAGCAUCCUGGUGACUGUGUUCAGGAUGAAAUCAGUAAGCAGUAGGAUGAAAGCUCUGGCCACUUGUAUUGAGCAUAUCAUCCUUGUCGCUGUAUUUUUCAUUCCAAUAUUCAGCAUUUUCUUGAUGGGACUUUAUGUGCGAUCCAUUGACCCGGACCAGCGUGUGCUGAGUUUGUCGCUAGCCUCUUGCAUCCCACCCUGCAUCAAUCCUAUUGUAUAUUCUUUGAAAACUAAAGAGAUCAAAAUCAGAGCCCUUGCACUUGUCCACAGAAUGAAAACAAGCCCAUGA